ACAUUACGUCCAAAGAGAAGAGAAAACAUUUUGAUGAUGAUUGUCUUCAUUUUACACGAAAAAGCUACUUUCAUUAUGUAGAAACCAAUCAAAGCCAUCAUAGGAAAAAAAACGCACUAUGUUGACGUUCUGGACAAAACUGUCAAAAUGUCCCAUGCAGUGGUUGAUAGUUGCCCAAUCGAGAACAAAAGCGACGAGGACACGUUCGACGACAUUCGGCACACGCAAUGUGCAACGGUUCGCAACAUCUCCCGGAGGGUAGUUGCCUUCCACCAGAAUGAGCCGUAUUAUCUGGCUCACGUCAAAAGAGGAACCAAAAGAAAUCAAUUGCACCGGCUGGGGGAAAGGAUCCUGCUCAUUAUGGUCUCUAUCCUGCUGUACAAUUUCAUCUUCGGAUGUUCUUCCGACGAUGACUACGGAGAACCCUCCUGGCUAGCUUGCGCAAUUGGCAAAAUCUUGGGAAUCGAAGAUCGAAUAUACUACUGAGGUGCGUUCGUCCCUGUUCCGGACGGCAUUCU